AUGACGACCAAUGCCGUCCCCAACACGCAGCUGGGCCUCACCUCCGAAGAGCUCCAGAUCCUGCGCCAGGGCCAGGCCGCACUCGACGGGGGGUCCAACAGCUCGCGCGCCGCCAGCAGGGCCAGCAGCCAGGGCCUCCUGCUCCUCGACAGCUCCUCCCUCUCGGCCCUGGGCCGCUACUUUGACCGACUCAUGGCCAACAUUGAGCAGAACAUCCAGUACCUCAGCGAGCAGGCGCAAUUGUUCACACAGGUGCAAUACGAUCGAGCGGGAAACAUUAUCGAUGGGGCCGACGAGGAGAUUGCGCGCUACACGGCGCUGCUGAGGCAGCUGGACGAGCUCGAGCUCGACUUUGACCGCAUCGCUCACAUCAAGGAGAUUGUCAAACAGUACCGCUCACGCGUGGAAGCGUUGGAACGGGACCUGGAAAAUACGAGCUCCUCGAGCCGGCACCGCCACUCGUCAUCUUCACAUCGACACGGUCACCGGCAUCAUUCGUCCUCCCACCGACAUCGUCACUGA